UUACUUAUUUUGUUUUACGCCUCAUUUACAAGGCUUAGAUCCAUUUUAUACAUUCUUUAUUUAAAUUGCUGUUCAAAUGCAAAUAUUAAUGCAAUUAUAAGUAAAUUAAAACCUAAUCCUAAAACUCAAUUCUAUCUACCUACUUAUUUUUAUUGUUUACGAGUUACGACUACAGUGUUGCGUAAUAUCAAUUUCAGCGAUUCAGCGCUUCCUUUCGAACAACGUCUACGCGUACGGUGCAUCUACAAGCGCGCUUGCAGCGGCUGAAUUUGCAUCGUGCGACCUUGAUCGUAGCCGCGAGCCUGCCUCUCACCGGCCGGCUCGAGUCAACGCAUCGAAGUAUAGGAGCGUAUCGUACCUACCAUUUUUAUAUUUUAUUAAUAACACAGUAACACUACUUAAUUAAAAUGUCGCUAAGCGAACAGAGUCUUGAUACUAACCUUAGAGAAUUAACAGCAAAACGUAGCUCAUUUAAAGGCCGACUCACUAAGUUUAAAAAUAGCUUAGACGUUUUGUCUAGUUGCAAGUCGAUUUCGCCAGUCGAAGUCAGCAAAUUAUCAAUUAAAUUAAGCCGAUUUGAAACAUUGUUUACGGAUUUCGAUGAGCUACAAACGCAAAUAGAGGCAAGCAAUCAUAUGUAGAAUUCAUGAGGGAGUAUGCAGACCUUAAGCAUUUAUCUGUAUACGACAAACCCCUAUCAGAAUCUUCAUUUUAUCUGCCUCAUCAUCCAGUUCUUCUAAAACUAACCAAUAAAUCGACUAUCACUGAAAUUUCUGAACUUAAUUCCCAUGCCCCUACAUCACAGAAUCCAGCUUAUUUAGUUUCACGUGGUGUGCAGCCCUCUUGCGUGAAUCAAUGUGAGUUAUGGUGGCAUGGAUCGACUUACAUUUUAGAACCAGAAGCGUCUUGGCCCGCACAAGAACGUGGCAUUAAAAAUCUACGUGGAAUCAGAACACUCGCAGUGGAGGCCCAGGAACCUUUCCUUGAUUUAACUAGAAUUUCAAAAUUGCCUAUUUUACAACGCAUUUAUACCUGGGUGCUUCGAUGUAUCAAUAACGUAAGAAAGUCCAAAAAUAAGUUGACUGGUCCAUUGCAAGCUUCUGAACUUGAUAAUUCCAUGUGUGCUCCAGUGAAGAUUUCACAAGGUCAGUCUUUUGCAAACGAAUUGACACUUUUGUCUAGCAAUAAGCAGUUUAAAGCAAGUUCACUUCUAUCUUCAUUGGACACCGUUAUUGAUGCAAAGGGUAUACUCCGCGUAGGUGGCCGUCUUUCUAUGUCCGAUUUUAAUUACGACAAAAAAUGUCCAAUUUUAUUAUAUGCUGACAGUCAUCUAACUAAGAUUUUAUUUCAUAACGAGCGUGAUCGUCUAAAAUCUGGGGAGUUUCAAGACUCUGUACAAGACUUUGUAUCCAAACAGAAUAUUGAGUUUGAGUUCUCCCUCGUAUACGCUCUUAACUUCAGUGUUUUGUGGGAGGCCGGCAUAAAGGCAACUAAAUUUCAUCUAAAAAGAGUAAUGGGCACAACCAACUUAACUUUCGAGGAAUUAUCUUCAUUGUUUGCACAGGUUGAGUCAAUCCUCAACAGCCGGCCCCUCUGUCCUUCCCCCAAUGAUCUCCAGUGUCUCACACCCGGACACUUUCUGAUUGGCAGGCCACUCAUGUCCUUGCAGAGUCCACCUCUACUGGAAAUCAACGCCAACCGACUCGACCGAUUUCUUCAACGGCUGAAGCAGGCGCACCAGCACUUUUGGAAACGAUGGGCUAACGUUUAUGUGGCCGAACUACAAAAGCGCACGAAGUGGCGCACAAGGUGUACAACAGUACAGAAGGUACACGACCUAGUUUUGCUGAAGGAGCCAAGCGCGCCUCCGCUCUGCUGGCGCCUUGGCAGAGUGACACAACUGCAUCCCGGCGCUGAUGGCGUGCCCCGCGUUGCAGACAUCUCCACCGCUCAGGGCACUGUGCGACGGGCCCUUAAUCGGAUCUGCCUGUUGCCGACUUCUUACUCUUGA